AUGGGGCUCUUUGGCGGCAUCUCUCCUGCAGGGGGCAUUGCUCUCGGAAUAAUAGUCGGCUUGAUAUCCACGAGCGUCCAGAGUCUCGGCCUCACGCUACAACGAAAGUCACACAUACUCGAAGAUGAAAAGGGGCCCUACGAUGUUCGACGACCGCCAUACCGAAGAAGGAGGUGGCAGAUAGGAAUGGGCAUGUUCAUCAUCUCCAACGUCAUCGGGAGCUCGGUUCAGAUAUCGGUCCUCCCUUUACCAGUUCUCUCUACCCUACAAGCGUCCGGCUUGGUCUUCAACUCGAUUUGCGCCACCCUGAUUCUCGGCGAACCGUUCACGAGGUGGUCACUAUGGGGAACGUUGCUGGUCUGCAGCGGCGCAGUCUUGAUCGCCAUCUUCGGAGCUAUUCCCUCGCCGGCGCAUAAACUGAGCGAGUUGCUGGAGUUGCUGGGAAGGGGACCCUUUGUAGCAUGGAUGGUGUUUCAGGGCAUCCUAGUGCUGGGCAUUGCGAUCGCUACAGACGUGAUAAGCAACUUCACAAAGCUGAUGCAGCACUCUCGGUUCCGCCUCGCUCGGGGUUUUGCGUACGGGUGCAUAAGUGGCAUCUUGUCUGCCCACUCCCUGCUGGUGGCCAAGUCAGCCGUCGAACUGCUCGUCAAGACGCUGGUGGACGGCGAAAACCAGUUUGUCCACUGGCAGUCCUGGGCCAUCCUUGUGGCCCUUGUCACACUCGCUCUCAGUCAACUCUACUACCUACACCGCGGCCUGAAACUGGUUUCGACCUCGGUUCUAUACCCACUAAUAUUUUGUAUCUAUAACAUCAUCGCCAUCUUGGAUGGCCUAAUCUACUUUGAUCAGACCGAGUUGAUCAGCCCGCUCCAGGCGUGCCUAAUCACCCUCGGCACCGUCAUCCUUCUAACCGGUGUCCUGGCACUAUCGUGGCGUCUAAGCGACGAACAACAUACUCCCGGCGUUGGACAGUCAACACUGGCUCCAGGAAUGGGCCUAGUCGAAGAUACAGACGACGAAGACGACGAAGAAUCCCUCCUACUCCGCUCCGACAUCGAAGACGAGGAAGAACGUAUCGGUGUUCCUCCCCCACGCUUAUACAACUACAGCACCUUCAACAUCAGCCAGUCCCGACUACAAGGGGAUGGCGCCUCACAAGGCGGAAGCAGCAGCGGUGGGCCCGUCGUGGUGAUAGCACCACCAAAGCGCCAGCGCUCCCUAGCCAGCCAGUCGAUCCGCACCCUACCUUCCAACCAAUGGACCGAACGCGCCGAAAUCUGGGACGAGCUUGAAGACCGCGACACACCACCCAACCACUCCUCCCUCUCUUCCCCUGCCUUUCUCUCCAGCAGCAGGCGCCGCUCAACCACGUUACCCGUCACAAAUCCAAACGAGGGUACCUCCCUCCUCCACCCGCGCCGAAGAGAAGUAAGCGAUAGCUACCAGUUUGCUCCCAGAUCAAUCACCGACCUCGCCUCGCCCAGAAGGAAUUUUCGAAGACGAAGGAAGUCCACUGGUUUCCCAGGUUUCAUCCCGCGCAAGCCGUCAGCAUCAACCACGGCACCAAGGCGAACAUCAGGUGGCGGUGGGCUGCAGGAUAUCGUCAGUGGGUUUCUCAAAGCGAGGUGGUGGAAGAGCAAACCCAAGACUACUCUGGGUGUGCCAGGACUACGGGAGGAGGCGAUAGUGGCUGCGAGGAAUAGGAUACAUGAGGAAGAAGAAGGGGAGGGGUUGUUGGAGGAGUAUCAUCAUCAAAGUCAACCUCAAGGACAGGCGUCAGGGUCAGGGUCGGGGUCGGGGACACAUAGUGAGCGAGUGUCUCCAAAGAAUGAGACCCGAAGAACAAUAACAGAGGGUGGUGGGUUAUCACUUAAUGGCGCGCAGGGGCCGCGGCCAUCAGCAUCAACAGGAGGAGAAGGGAUAAGGAAUAAUAGUAGGAGGCGCAGCAAGGUUGAUGAUUCACCGGUAUAG